GCAGCAACUAUCCUUUCAUCCAUUCUCCAUGCAACCCGUCUAAGUUCCCCGGAUAUGUCUCAUCUAGUGCGAUUGUCCCUGAUUCUUCAACCAAACAGAACAACGGAAUCUGCGAGCAGGGCGUUUUUGCCGCACACAGUUGUGGGGCGGAAGUCGUCCGGAGCGUCGUACCUAUGCCCCGGCUCGUGGAUCGUUGCUCGUACGAUCGUUGGUGCCUUUUCUCAUUGUCGCAAUCAAAAUCCUUCCGCUCGCUUGGCAUGUCUUGUCCACUCUUAGCCAUAGUGCUUGGGGAGCUUAGGUUCCUGGGCGGGAUGGUGGCUAGGAUAGGUAGUCGAAGGAUUAUGCCGCGCAACCUUCUGGAAAUAGGUUCCACGGAGACGAGGUAUAAGAGUUGAUUACAAGCCGCAGGUAUUUGUAGGUUUGAGAAUCAGCGACCUCCCUUCACUCUUCUCACGUGCACUCUCACGACCUCGGAAGGCCCUUGCACUAUCUGCAACAUGCGAUCAACCGGUCUCUCCAAGCUGCUGGCUCUUGCCACUGCAGGUCACUCUGCUAUCGUGACUGGCUCCCCUACAUCUGCUGCUUACGCAGACCUCUGCCAUGUAACAGCGUACUCUGGCAUCCCGGCAGCUGUAUCAUCUUGCACUGAUAUUGUGUUGGAUGGUAUUACUGUUCCAGGCAACUCGACCAUUGACCUUACCAAGUUGAAGACUGGUUCUAAGGUCACUUUCAAAGGCACAACCUUCUGGCAAUACUUCGACGGGAACUAUCCGUUCAUCAAGGUCGGCGGUACUAACCUCGAAAUCACCGCUGAAGAGGGUGCUAUCCUUGACGGCAAUGGCGAGGCGUGGUGGGAUGGCCUCGGCAGCAACGGUGGUGUCAAAAAGCCUAACCAUUUCAUUGAGCUCACCAAAGUCCUUGGUCACAGCAGCGUCCACGAUAUCUACAUUCAGAACUACCCCGUUCACUGUUUCAGCAUCAGCGGUAGCUCCGGACUCGAUAUCCACCAUAUCACACUGAACAACAGUGCUGGCUACGCACCCAAUAACCGCUCCAGUGGUUUGGCUGCGGCACACAACAGUGACGGUUUCGACCUCUCGUCCACCAACAACACUGUCGUGCGCGACAGCAUAGUCAUUAACCAAGAUGAUUGCGUCGCUGUAACCAGUGGAAACCGCGUCCUGAUUGACAACAUGUACUGCAAUGGCAGUCAUGGACUGUCCAUCGGUUCUGUGGGUGGCAAGUCUAACAAUGUCGUGACCAACAUAGCGUUCCGCAACUCUGUAGUCCUCAACGCCCAGAACGGCGCGCGCAUUAAGACCAACGAGAACACGACAGGUCUUAUUCAAAAUAUCCUGUUCGAGAACAUUCGCGUCGAGAAUAUCUCCAUCUACGGCAUCGAUAUCCAGCAGGACUACCUGAACGGCGGCCCAACCGGCAACCCCACACCAGGCGUGAGCAUCUCCGAUAUUGUGAUCCGCAACGUGACGGGCACAGCGACAGACAAGGCGAGGAACUACUACAUUUUGUGCGGCUCUGGUAGCUGCAAGAACAUUUUUAUCGACGAUGUCGAUGUGCAGGGUGGGGGAAUCCCGAGUCUGUGCAACUUCCAAACCAGCGGAAACUUUGAUUGCGAUGGCAAAUUCAACAUUACGGCAGCGCCCGCCUUGAGGCGUUCAAAGUAGCUGUCAAAGUUGUAAAUAUCAAUUAAGCGUAACGAUCA